AUGAUCGCAAAUCCCUACAGUAAACCAUAUUAUACAAAUACGAGCAGGAGGCAGCUGGACAAAGACAAAAUGACCAACAGAUUCGACUACAACAAUAAGUCCGGAAACUCCAGCGCGAGAGGGAACACGUACCUACACUGCUUUUCAUCAGAUUCCGACGAGUCGGUGUACAAGGAUGACCUCACGGAGUUCAACAACAACUCGCCGUCGCCGCCAUCACAGUCAUCGAUAAACUGCACGCCAGUACGAGUGCAAAGGUACAAGAGGAACUCAACAGGGUCAUCGCUAAACGGGGAGUACAACAAUUCGACCGACAAGCACAAGAGAAGGAAGCUGAGCAUAGGGCCGUGCAACCCGGACCCGCUGGACGCAGCAAUUAGCCCGCAAAAUGCGCCAGCAUCCCAGACGCCGAAGCAGGUGAGGUACGUGAAAAAGGAAAGAAGCACUAAAAACGGAAUCAUCGCGAACAACGUGGAAAUUAGCACGCCAGAAGUCUCGAAGAGGGAGGCGGUCGGCUCGUACAAUCACACCUACUCGGACCAGAACGUGGACAGCAUCCUGACCUCGUACGUGGACAGCCUCUUCGGAGUGGAGCCUUACAAGUACGUCCACGAGCACCAGCCGCUGAAGCUCUUCUGGCUGCACAACUCGGAGCUGAGCGGGCUGAUGAAGGUGCCGUCGCUCUCGAGCCUCACGAACGAGCACACGAACUCGGAGAAGAUUUACAUGGUGUUCACGGACUACAGCAUAGACAUAAUACAGGACGUGACACACCUGAAAACAGUUGAACCGAGAGAUGAGUACACGCCAUUUAUAAUUAUAUACUCGUAUAACCUCAAGAGUAUGUAUUUUAAAGUAGUACGGAGGAAGAUAGAUGACGUAAGCAUGGUCUCAUUAAACAAGUGCUCGAAGGACAUAGAGGACUGCCUGUCGUUCGAUUCGACCUCAGCAAGGUCAUCGAGUUCAGAAGGGGACGACGCGAGUUACGUCUUCUACAGAAGUUACCUCUACGGGAAGGACGAAGACUCGGAUCCGAACAGAGUGAGAGUGUUUGUGCACCCGUCGAGUAAGACAAGUUUCGACAGGCGCUACCUGUCAUUGAACAGCAACAGGGACUCGCUAUCUGGGACGAAUUACAUAACGCUCAACUCGUUAAAGUCGGAGGAUUUACAAAAUGAGCAGGAGAAAGAGGAAAACCAGGAGCAGAGGGAUUCGUACUCGAGUGACUCGGAGUCGCAGUUCGAAAACUCACUGCAAAACAACGAGGAAAUGGAUCUGCCAGAUGAGUUGUUCGAUGAGUGUAGGCUGCUGGUGGGAGUAGAUAACUCAGGAAAAAACUCAGGACACCCAGACUCCAUAGCGAACUAUAGAUCAGAGUCAGUAAUCAAGAAAAACUUCGCAGUGUACCUGGACGACGGAUCAGGAGUCCCACUGAGCAAGGAGGUGCUGGAAAACCUGGUGAAGGUGAACGACGAAGAAGGAGUGCUCUACAGAUCAGGGGGGAUGGAGUUCGUGGAGGGGCAGCACCUGAAGAUAGAGUUCCCGACGAUAUACUCGAGGCACUUCGAGUAUGACUACGUGACGCUGCACUCGGACGCGACGCUGCGCUCGUGCUUCAACUUCAUUAAGAUCGUGCAGACGGCAGAAAGCCUGAGCAUUAACAUCAACAAGCUGGCGCAGUUCUGCCCGAAUAUAUUCUGGAACCUGGCACUGGUGGGAGACAUCGAGAGUGCAAUAAUAGAGCUGGACCCGGAGGUCCUGAGGUCGCUCUACAGAAGAAAGAGGACGGUGAACAGCGAAAACCCGAGGACGAGAACGAAAAACGCGACGGACGCACUGGGAUACCUGGACAACAACUUCACGAUCAUGCAGAACAUGUUCAAGAGAGACGCGGAGGAGAAGAUAAAGAAGCUGUUGGAGAACGACCAGCAAAACGCAGGAGGAAGAACGCCGAGAGUGGUGAUAAACAAGCACGCAGAAGACGAGGACCUGGUGAAGGCGCUGAUCGACGAAAACGGAUUCGUCAGGAAAACAACAAGUGUGCUCUCGGAGAAGCAGAAAAACAUAGUCUACAACGAGUGCAUGAGGAGAAACUUUUAUGUGCCAGUGCAUAUCAAGUUCGACCCAAACAAGGGAAGAGGAGUGUUUGCAGCAUAUAAAAUAAACAAGGAGGAUUUCCUAAUGGAGUAUAAGGGAGAGCUGAUAACGGAGAAGGUAGCAAAAUUUAGAAACAACAAGUACAACAAGUCAAAAAAGUACAAAGGGUCGUUUAUAUUCUUUUUCAAACACAACGGAGUGAGGUACGGAAUAGACGCCACGGAGGAGGAUAUUAGUUUCGGACCGGCAAGGCUAGUUAAUCACUCAAGAAAGAAGGCAAACAUAGUGGCGAAAACAAUGCUGAGUAAUAACUACCCGAGACUAAUAUUCAUAGCAAAGAGAGACAUAGACAGCGGAGAGGAGCUGCUGGUGGACUACGGAGAGAGGGACCCAAACGUAAUCAGGGAAAACCCCUGGCUACUGGACUAA